UCAUUAUGUCAUCACGUAUAGAAGAAUCUGCUGAAAACAGAAUUGGCAAUUUGUCAGACAAGUGCAUCGCUAACUUCCUCGUUAAAUCUGCGACCGGUUUGGGUGUUGGCGUACUAACCUCGGUUAUACUCUUCAAGAGAAGAACCUGGCCAAUUCAGCUUUUCACUGGUUUCGGUGGUGGAUACGCGUACUCUGAUUGCAAUAGACUAUUCAAUCCAUUGGCUAUACCUGGACUUAAAAUACAAAAGCCAGAAUAAAUUUGUACCUAAAACUCGUUGUUUC